GCCGGUCGAGGGAUGCACAAAGUUGUGGAGGAAAAUACGGGACAAAUAUGUCCGCAAAAAAGGCGACGAAAAGCAGCAGUGUCGAUGCACGGGGCAAAAAAAUAUCUCUGAUAAAUGAAUAAACAAAAGACUUCCACACACAAAGACGUCACUCUUUAGCUAGUCUUCAACAAAAAAACGUUUUUCCACCUAGUGUUCUGGAGGUGAAUUGCUUUGCAACACGCGCAGGCCUUUUUGAACCAUGAAUUUAAACGAGUCCGUCGACACAAGACGCAGACCCAGACGCAGAAGCAUUAAAGGCAGAAACAUUGCUUUUCGCUAAGAGCUGGAGAACCCACCUAGUUGUCUGUACUCCCCGAUGUCAAGUUGAAAAAUGGACGACUUGACAAACGUUGAGUCCCCAGACUCAAUACCAACAGGAGGAACGACACAUUCUCCUCCAACAGCUACGUCCCUCCCGACACGAGACCCCAAUGCGGAAGUAAAAGAGACAGCGGGAGAGGAUGUUGAGGAUGAAGACAUCGAGACACCAGUGCAGCUAAUAAUGGAGUUCCUCGGAGCUGUGAUGGGCAGAGACUACCGGCUGGCCAGCCAACUGUGUCGGAUGAUUCUCAUCUAUGAACCAGACCAUCCUGAGGCCUCUGAGUUUCUCCCGCUGAUCCAGAGCAAGCUGUUGAAGGAACAAGAGGAAGACCAGAGCACUGACGAAGAAGAUGAUGAUGACGAAGACUCUGGGAGCAAUGAGGAGUCAUCUCAAAGCUCAGGCUCAGAUGAUGAUGAUGAAGAAGAAAACCAAGUUAACAGCCUCCUUAUCACAUUUUCCCCCCAUGGUAUUGUACCAAAACAACAGAGGCAAUGAUGAGCACGGCCACCAGAUAUGAUGCUAAGCAUCUUGUUUGAUCCACAACAUUUGCCUUAUAUAGAUAUUGUGAAAAUUGUGGAUUUCUUUUGAAUAUAAAGAAUAACAUAUUGUUGAGAAAGCUAAAUGGAAACAUGAAUGCAACAUUUUGAAUUAAAAAUAUGUCAAAUUACUUUUGAUAUUUUUCUGCUCGCUACAAAAAUACAGAAAUAUCUUAUGUGAAAUAAAACUUUCAUGUCCUUCAAGAUUGUACUAAUAAGUUGGAAGGAGCUAACAAAAUGAUCAAUUAUCUUAAUUGCAGUGAAAAAAACACUUCAAGCCCUUUUUCGAUGUGAAUGUUUAAACUUUGUUGUUCUGCCUUUUUUGCUGACUGAAACUAGCUUUACUGUAACAUAAUUUUCUCUAGCUCGGGUUAAAAUCUUGGUAAGUAACUAUGUUUUUUUUGUAGUGCAUAAUGUAACUGUAAAAUAAUGGUUGCACACAGGUUGUGACAAGUGCUUAAUAAAUUAAACUAGGGAAAUUCUGCUCCAUUUUACCGGUUUUACAUUUUAAGUCUGAUUUGGCAGCAUUCAAGCUAGUUAGCUGAGCGUGCUUAGCAUUAUGACCAGAGGUCAGAAUGUCAGUCAGUCAUUUUCAAAGCCUCGGAGCGAGGCCAAAGUGCAUAGCUUUAGUAAAUGUUAGCUAACGUUUCAUAGCAUAACUCCGCCCUUAUUAAAACGAAGAAUUUUUACGAGAGAACUAAUCAGUUUGAAGGUUUUUUGGCGGAAGAAAUCCGUAAAUAUGACCACUGAUACAACCCGCAACACGCGCAAGCCUUUUUGAACCAUGAAUUGAAACAAAUCCGUCGACACAAGACGCAAACGCAGACCCAGAUGCAGAACCAUGUUCCAGUCCUGAACGGUUGCUGUUGCUGGGGUAGUGUCAGUAGAGGGCCUUGAAGACUUGGAUGUCACCGUAAACCGAUGGCUCUGAUGUGAUCCGUUGGUCAGAGGUUAUGCUUGUGUUGGGCUGCCUGAUCUGUCCCCCAUUAGUGUGAGGUGGUCUGGGAACUGGACUGUCCCUCAAAAAGUGAGACUGAGGGUUUUGCUUGGACCCUUUUGGAAUCGGUCCUAGUCUUCCUUCAGUUCCUCCUGGAACGGUGCUGUUCUUGCUUCUGUGGUCGGUCCUGGUGCUUCCUUCUGGUCCUCCACGGCGGUCGGGCAGACUCGGGGCUGAGGAAGUCCUUUGUCCCCGGCAUGAUGACGGGUGUCCAGUCCAGUCAGUGGCAUAGCUUUCAUUCUACCUAUUGAACUGGCUUUUAUGUUAAUCAUUUCUCGUGGUGCAUUCCUGUUCCUGUUGUGCACUGUGUCUCUAGUUAUGUUUAACCGAGGCAAUACGGUUGUUAUCUGAAUAAGCAUUAUUUAAUGGAAAGGUGAUUUUCUUUUUCACCGGCAGUCCAGAUGUUCAAUAUGAGUAUGAGAGGCAGAUGAUGCGUAGUGGUCGUCAUUAACGUGUGAUUAGCUCCACUCUCUACUUGAUCUUGUGAAUAUUGCAGAUCCUGUGACUGGACUGCUCGGGGAACCAGAGGUUUGCUCUAUAAAUGCUGGGUUAGUUGUGGUUCUUAGAGUUUUAAAAAGUAGGAUGGGAGCCAGAGCCUUCAGUUAUCCAGCUCCUUAUUUGUGGAACCAGCUUCCACUUUCAGUCCGGAGGGCUGAUUCUGUCAGCUCGUUUAAGAUAAAGCUUAAAACUUUCCUCUUUGGUAUCUCUUAGUUAAGCUGGAUCUAGACUGCCAGGGGACUUCUAUGGACACAUAAGCUUCUAUCUCUCUCUUAUUCUCUCCUUCUACAAUAAUUGAUGUUUUACUAAUGCACAUCACUAAUUCAGCUUUGUCCCUGGAGUUUGUUCUUCUUUCUCGCCUCACAGGUCUCCGUAGAUCGUGGUUCCGUCUGGACCCGGGUCCUGACUCCUGCCUGGCCCGUGGACACCUACUGCUUCUAACACCGUUGAUAUUCCCAUUUCUAUUACUGUAAAUAUUAAUGCGCUUUACUAUCUUUGUUUCUUCCACAGAGUAUUUGUGCCUUACAGGUUUCCAUGGAUCAUGGUUCUAUCUGGACAAUGUUCUUGCCUCCUGCCAUGGCCCUGCUGAUACCUGCUACAGCUAUCAUCAUUUUUACUAUUUAUAUUAAUCAUAUUACAAUUACUGUAACCAAAAACCAACAUUACCAUUUUCCUAAAGCUUUUGUGCUUUGCUUCCCCACAGAAGCUUCAGUGGAUGGUGGUUGUCUCUGCAGUGGCCCUGCCGUACACCUGCUUACUACUCGCAAUUAUUUGAAUCAUUUCUGUUAUAGGAAUUCAAUGUAUUGUAUUUCUUUUACAUUGUUCAUUCUGUACACAUGACAUCUAUUGUAGUCUGUCCAGGGAGAGGGAUCCCUCUUCUGACGUUCUCCCAAAGGUUUCUUCCCUUUUUUGGGGAGGGAGUUUGUUCUGUGCCAAUGUCAGAGUCUCAGGACAGAGGACAUCGCAUGUGUACAAACUGUAAAGCCCUCUGAGGAAAAUUUGUAAUUUGCGUUUUUGGGCUAUACGAAAUAAAAUGAAUUGAAUUGGAUUGAAUUGAAUUUUCCAGUUUAGGUCAUGUUGCCAUUUAAAUUCCGCCAUCUUGAUGCGUUUUCUUCUGUUUAAAAUGCUCUGCUCCUGAGAUUUAGCUGUUUAUCUUAAAGAACCAACGUAUUAUAUGGAGCACAUUUAUUUUCAUGUUUUCCAGAAAUUAUAAUGUUCACAUUUAAGAAAACCUAUGCGAUGGAGGGGCAGAGAGGACACAUGGUCACAGAUGAGGCUAAACUGAUCACAACCAAAUUGAACAAGUUCAAACUGGUUCUAUUGGUACUACCUUGGUGGGUCCAGGAACUUUUUACAUUGUUACAAAGUUUAGUAAAACAGCUUCAAUCAGAGGUGAUAUUGUAUUUUUAAAUUAACACAAAAAGUGUUUACAUAAGGUUUGUAUCAUCACUGUGGUUACUCUGCAUCUUUCUUUCUCUCUCACACACACAUUAACACACACACACAGCUAAUCUGUCAGUGUGGAAUGCUAUCAACUAUUCAGA